CGAUCCAUAUUAGAUCAAUCAAAGCUUUACGAUUAGUGGUGUGUUGUGCGGUCCUUACUCCUUCGCGUGGCUAUUUAUUUAUUUUUCAAAGAAGACAAAUCCUGAAUCCCUGUGUCUCUUAGUUCCUUUGCCAUCUCUUUCAUGUGCCACUGCCAAUUCCCUCAUCAUCAUCAUCAUGCCUCGGAAUAUCAGUUUCUCUCUCAGCUUUUUCAUCAACUCAUAAAAUCUCAUUUAAUGAUGUAAGUUCAACGCAACUCUCUUCUCUUAAUUCUCUGUGAUUAUCCUACAUUUGCCUCUUUCUCUCAUCUGUGUAUUCUUUAAUUUGUUAUUCAUGAACUACUUAUUACUCGGAAGUUAAAUCGUACUUACUCAAUACAUAUGAUUUUUUUUAUUUUUUAGUUUUGAAUAAGUUAAUCAUAUAUGCACAUUUUUAGGAUUAUAUUGAUGAUCGUGAUGUUCAUUUGACAUGUAUGUUUAAAGGCCUGGAUUUGUAUUUUCCAUCUUCAUCCAAACACUGUUAAAAGUUUUGUAUAGACACAAUUGGGAAUCAAACUUGGUCCUUUAUGUGAAAUCCGAGGAAUAUUUAGACUGCUUUAAGAUCCGGUUAUCAGGGAAUACAGCCAAUAUAUUUGCAAAUUCUAAACAGAACAUCUUUUCAAAUUCAGUAGGAAAAUCUCCUCCUUGUUUGCAAGGGUUUUGUUCUGCUUUCUGGUUCCGGGUGAUCUGCUUUUACAACAAUAGAUGGCAACUCUUCCUCUAUCACUUGCAAUACGGCCCUGCUGUGGAGCCAUACAAUCAUCUAAAUUAACUGCUGCCCCACAUUAUAUCUGUAAAUCAAAACUUACGCAGGUACCUGGGAGAAUAAUUGUCGAAAGAAAACUUUUGUGUGGAGAAGCUUCUAAGAAUGUUGUAAAAACUAAUCGAGAUAUUAAUUUAAGAGUGUUUGCUGCAUCACGAGUUUCUGUUGACCAAACUGAGCAGAUAUUUACUACGAGUACUGAAGUUGAUGAACUCAAGAAGAUGUCCACUUAUCUAUUUAGGACAGAACUUGGCGGUCUGGUGAAUGUUUUUAUUAGAAAAGCAGAUGUCAAAUAUGAAGUGAAGAUCGAAGUUAUAUCCUUGCAACUAAGCAGUGGUGACAAUAGGCUGGUACUGAUUUGGGGUGUGUACAGAUCUGAUUCAUCAAAUUUCAUUUCUCUGGAAUCUCAACAACCUGUUCCAGAUGCCAAAACCAAGAUGAUUGAAACCCCAUUUAUGCAGAAUUCUUUAGGUAGAUUUGUAGUUGAAUUGGAGUUUGAGGCAAAACAAACCCCCUUCUAUCUCUCAUUCUUGCUGAAGUCUCCAUUAGGCUCUGAUUCAAGUGACUUAGAAAUCAGGAGUCAUCUGAAGGCAAGUUUUUGUGUGCCAGUUGGUUUCAAUGCUGGUUCUCCUGCUCCAUUGGGUCCCUCCUUUCCAACUGAUGAUACCAUCAAUUUUGCUAUCUUUUCAAGAAAUGCAGAAAGUGUGGUCCUAUGCUUGUAUGAUGACAUCAAAGCAGAAGAACCUGCUUUGGAGCUUGAUCUUGAUCCCUAUGUCAAUCGAUCAGGUGAUGUGUGGCAUGCCUCAAUGGAAAGCUCCUGGAAUUUUGUGAGCUACUGCUAUCGAUGCAAGUGGGCUGUUAGUCAGGGAAACAGACAUAAGUCUCAUGCAGAGCGUGUUCUUUUGGAUCCAUAUGCUAAAGUUAUCCAGAAUUCCAUUCCUAUUCAUCCUGAGUCAGGAUUGCUUUCAACAUACCUUGGACAACCAUGCAAGGAACCUGCUUUUGACUGGGAUGGUGAUGUUUGUUUGAACUUACCAAUGGAAAAGCUAAUGGUUUAUCGGUUGAAUGUGAAUCGUUUUACUAAGCACAAGUCUAGUCAGCUACUAACUGAAGUAGCUGGGACCUUCUCUGGUUUAACUGAGAAGGUACACCAUUUGAAAGAUCUUGGCUUGAAUGCAGUCUUAUUAGAGCCAAUAUUUCCAUUUGAUGAACAAAAAGGACCAUAUUUCCCAUGUCAUUUCUUCUCGCCAAUGCCCCUACAUGGACCUUCCGGUGCCUGUAUAGCUGCGAUUAAUUCUAUGAAGGAAAUGGUGAAGAAGUUGCAUGCCAAUGGGAUAGAGGUUUUACUGGAAGUUGUUUACACCCAUACUGCUGAUGGUGGAGCAUUGCAAGGAAUAGAUGAUUUAUCCUAUUACUAUGGGAAAGAGGUUGAAGACUUGAAAACUAGGAAUGUCUUGAAGUGUAAUCAUCCCAUAGUUCAACAGCUGAUUUUGGAUAGUCUGAGGUAUUGGGUGACCGAGUUUCAUAUAGAUGGUUUCUGUUUCAUAAAUGCUUCCUCUCUUUUGAGAGGUUUUCAUGAUUGCUCUGGUCCCCAUGAUGUGGUACCAAAGGAAAUUCAUUUUCCUCAUUGGAAAAGAUGGGCAGAAGUAAAUACAAGAUUCUGUAACGAUGUGAGGAAUUUUUUGAGAGGUGAGGGUCUUCUCAGCUAUCUUGCAACCCGGCUUUGUGGGAGUGGAGAUGUCUUUUCAGAUGGACGAGGCCCAGCUUAUUCUUUCAAUUUUAUUGCGAGGAACUCUGGCCUUCCCCUUGUGGACCUGGUUAGCUUCAGUAGUGACCAGCUAGCUACCGAAUUAAGUUGGAAUUGUGGGGAAGAAGGACCUACAAAAAGAUCUGCUGUCCUUGAAAGAAGACUUAAACAAAUACGUAAUUUUCUCUUUGUUUUGUAUCUUUCACUGGGUGUUCCUAUUCUAAACAUGGGGGAUGAAUGUGGCCAAUCAUCCGGAGGCUCCCCUUCAUAUGCUGAUCGGAAACUUUUCAAUUGGAAUACUAUGGCAACAGGUUUUGGUAUUCAAACCAAACAAUUCAUCUCAUUUUUGAGUUCAUUUAGACUGAAGCGAAGUGACCUGCUUCAGCAGCGGAACUUUCUGAAAGAAGAAAACAUUGACUGGUACGGAAGUGACCUGUCUCCACCAAGAUGGGAAGAUGCAUCCUACAAGUUCCUGGCUGUGAGGUUGAAGACUGACAAAUCUGAGAGCCAGUUGAACUCUGAGUCAUCUCAUAUUAAAGGUGAUGUGUAUAUGGCCUUUAAUGCAUCUAGCCGAUCGGAGAAUGUUAGUCUACCGCCGCCUGCAGAAGGGAUGACAUGGCAUCGUCUAGUUGACACAGCACUUCAAUUCCCAGGGUUUUUCUCAAUUGACGGUGAGCCUGUUCUUGAGCAGGAGGUAGGAUUACAUAUUUAUGAAAUGAAGCCUUACAGUUGCACUUUAUUUGAGGCCUGCUGUUCUAGCAAUUGAAAUCUCUCCCAGGUGAUUUUGUAAUUAUAGGAUUUGAACCUUUUUUUCUUUCUUUGUACAGUAUUAUUGUGAUAAAAGAUGAAAAGUAUAGUGAAUUUUAGGGGUGAGUUGAAAUAAA